AUGGAUGGCCCCGAGAAUAAUUCCGAGGUCAUCGUUAUCGACUCGGACGAUGACGAUUUGGAGGUGACGAGUUAUGUGAAAAAUUCUGCUAGCGGCAAAAUAAAGAGCUCUCCGGCCUUCAAAGCUGAAAACCUGGACACUCCUUCACGUAUCACAGUGAAUGCGCCUGUGAAUAUCGAAACUGAUGGCAGCGACAUCGAUGAUGGGUUCAGCGACGGCGAAGCAGCAUAUCUCAAGUUCAAGGAUCGCAAAUCUGUCAAGCGCAGGCAAAGCGCAGCCGCAACCCGCCGCGCCAAGAUUCCCAAAAUACCUAAAAGGGAACAACCGCCAGAUGACAUGAUCGUUGGGCUUGUGAAGCCAGAAAAGAUGAAGUCCAGACCAAAGCGACCAUUGAAACAGUAUGGGGAGGUGUCAUCUGAAGAGGAGUUGAUGGAACAUACACUACCCGCAUAUGUCCAGCAGCGUCGUCAACAGUUCGAUCGAAGGCAAGACCACCUCAAGGAGUAUGGGUUGAAGUUACCACCCUCUUACGACGAUGUAGAAUUCUCGGAUGACGAGCGUCUCCAGGAUCUACAUGAGAAACCGUCCUUCCCAGACAGGAAACCAGUUCGCGAAUACAAAGAUAUCACCCUACCAUACUCGCUUGGGUUGAUCCCAGCGCCGAUCGCACAAUGGUUACGACAAUAUCAAGUUGAAGGGGUGGAGUUCAUGCAUGAGAAGUUCAUCUACCAGAAGGGCGGCAUUCUCGGAGAUGAUAUGGGCCUUGGAAAGACUAUCCAAGUUAUUGCAUUUUUGACAGCGGCCUAUGGCAAAACUGCAGAUGAACGAGACUGGAAGCGAAUGCGCAAGAUACGCAGAUCUGAUAGCGCAUGGUACCCGCGCACAUUGAUUAUCUGCCCCGGGACUUUGCUCGCAAAUUGGACCGCGGAGCUCAAGCGUUGGGGCUGGUGGCACAUUGAGCAAUAUCACGGUCCCAGCAAGGACCUGGCUCUCGAUGCUGCGAAAUCAGGCAGAGUCGAAAUUUUGAUCACGACAUAUACGACAUAUGUCCACAAUAAAGAGUUGGUGAAUCUGAUUGAAUGGGAUUGUGUCAUUGCCGAUGAGUGCCACAAGAUCAAGGAGCGAAAGUCUCAAACAACCCAAUCGAUGAACGAGAUAAACGCACUAUGUCGGAUUGGCCUGACGGGCACUGCAAUCCAAAACAGAUAUGAGGAACUGUGGACCCUACUGAAUUGGACGAAUCCCGGCGUGCUCGGUCCAGUGACAACGUGGAAGGCACAGAUAGCAGAACCAUUGAAGAUCGGCCAAUCCCACAAUGCAACCGUGAAUGAACUCAGCAAGGCGCGAAGAACUGCCAAGAAGCUCGUUGAGAAUCUACUGCCCCAGUUCUUCCUCCGCCGUAUGAAGACCUUGAUUGCGGAUCAACUCCCGAAGAAAAGCGACCGGGUAGUAUUUUGCCCUCUCACCUGGUCACAGGCGGAAGCAUACGAAAAUUUCUUAGACAGCGAUAUCGUCGAAUCGAUUAAAAACUCUACGGAUCCAUGCCACUGUGGAUCUGGGAAAAAGCAAGGCUGGUGUUGCCAUAAAUUUGUGCCUGGCUUCGAGCAUACACCCUGGCAAGCUUACGUUUUUCCGGCUAUCACUGUUCUACAAAAGCUUAGCAAUCAUCUCGCUAUUCUGAUACCGCAAGGAAAUGACCCCAGAGAGCGCCAGGAAAAAGACAAAGAAAUGCUCCAGAUAGCGGUGCCCGAUGGGUGGGAAGACCUCUAUCGAUCCCGAGACUCAAUCACCAAUUUCGCGAAUCCUGAAUUCUGCGGCAAAUGGAAGGUGCUUCGCAAGUUGCUCAAAUGGUGGCAUUCAAAUGGCGACAAGGUGCUCGUCUUCUCGCACAGCGUUCGCCUCCUCAGAAUGCUGCAGACGCUAUUCAACCACACCAGCUAUAACGUCAGUUACCUGGAUGGGUCUAUGAAAUACGAAGACCGAGCACAAGCUGUCGAUGACUUCAACUCAGAUCCAAAACAAUUCGUCUUCCUCAUUUCCACUAAGGCCGGCGGUGUCGGACUGAACAUCACCUCAGCCAACAAAGUCGUCGUUGUGGACCCGAAUUGGAACCCAUCGUACGAUCUCCAAGCGCAGGACCGGGCCUAUCGCAUUGGCCAAGUUCGCGACGUUGAAGUCUUUCGUCUUGUCUCGGCCGGUACCAUUGAGGAGAUUGUCUACGCCCGUCAAAUCUACAAACAACAGCAAGCUGAAAUCGGAUACAAUGCUAGCUCGGAGAGACGUUAUUUCAAGGGUGUCCAAGAUCAAAAAAACCAAAAGGGCGAGAUUUUCGGCUUGCAAAAUCUGUUCUCCUAUCAAUUUGACAAUGUUGUUCUCCGCGAUAUCGUGAAUAAGACAAAUGUCGCCGAAAGCCGAGCCGGCGUGCAAGUUGUGGAUUUCCACUGCGAAGAAGACGAAAAUGCAUCAGGUACCGAUGGAGGUCCUGUCAAAUCAGAAGACGAGGCUAUGAGCCAAUAUGCCGCCAUGAUUCGCGGUGAGACUGAUACUAAAGAUGGUCCGAAGCACAAAUCUACUUCUACUCCUACUACGACUCCAACUCCACACAAACAUGACCCGGUCCAAGCAAUCCUUUCCAGCGCAGGUGUUGAGUAUACACAUCUCAAUAAUGAGGUCAUUGGCUCAUCCCGUGUUGAAGCGCAACUCAGUCGCCGAGCUGAGCAAGUAAACAACGACCCAAAAGCCAAUAACCAAGUCUUUGAGCCUUCUUCAUAUCCACAUGAUGAGGAUGGGGAUCCUUUUGAAGAAAUCGAUCCGACGUCAAUGCCCCGCGAUACAGGAUCCAGAACCUCCCGGUUCAAGUAUAAUCCACCGGAAGCUGUGAAACGACGACAGUUUUGCAGCAUGGCACGAUCAUUGGGGUAUCAAGAUGCCACUGAGUUUGCGUUGGUCGUUGAGGGUAUGACACAGGCCCAGCGGAGAGCGUGUCUCGAUCGCUGGUAUGAGGAACGGAGGAAUGCAUUGUUGGGUAAAGGCGACGAAAUCAAACCCGAAGAGUUGAAGCGAGAAGUGAAGUUCGAAGGACUAAAACAAGAAGUGAAGAAGGAGUGA